GCUCGGAAGCGUUGCGUAGUAAUAAUUGUUGCCGCCGCCGUGUAUCGCCACACUGAGCGGGCGCUGGCUGUGCUUGAGAUCGAAAGGAAGCUCUCACAAAGCUCCCAGUACCACUAUUAGGCUCUUUACAACUCUUUUUUUUUUCUUCUUCUGUUCUUGCAGCAGCGUCAUGCUUCGCCUGACCUCCUCCACGCUGGCGCGCAGCUUUCGCGCCAACCUCAAGUACCCCUCGCUGGUCUCCUACAACAAGCUGCCGUGGGAGGUGAUCAACCACGAAACAACGCAGCUGCAUCUCCAUCUCGCCCCCAACUACGAGCAGCUGCUGUCACUGGCGGCCGUCACGAGCGUACCCCACCUUACCGUCCCGUCGCACCUCCACGUGCCAGAGGCAGAGCAACUGCGCGUGCUGCCAGGAAUGCUGUACCUGAUCGGCGGCGAGGCGGGCCGACAUGCACCACCGGGCUUCACAUCCUACGUCGUGGCAGACCCGUCGGCACUGCAGUACUACGGCCGUCUUCACCACACCAUCGCCCCGAUACAGCGAGUAGAGAUGUGCACGUCUGCGGAUUUGCGUCUGUUGUGUCUGGCCCUGCACUUCGAGGGCGUGCUGGCGAACACGACCGAGACGUCGUCGCUGCAGCAGGCCAGCAGCGCCUCGCAAGACGGCGCCUUCUCGCUGUUUUAUUACUUCCGUCCGAACAGGCCUGCAAAUGAGCUGACGCGGCCGUUUGAGAAGUUUUAUCAGCACCGCCCGUCGCUGGCCUCUUUCGCCGGGCUCGGCUCCGAGAAGGCAUCGGGGUGGAGUCCGGUGCUGCAGGUGCCGAAGCGGGCGGGCGCGAAGGCCGCGCUGACGCCCGCGGAGCCGUACCGCCCACCGCAAAAUUAUUUGAUGGGUCUUGCGGAGCGCCUAGCGGUGCGGCCGGGCAGCGCGUUUGGCCGCCGCUCCCUGAUGUGGGGCACGUGGUUUUAG